UGGUGCUUUAGAAGACAGCGGUUGUUAUGUUCGAAACGUUGACUAAAGAAAUCACUUUUUUUUUUUGAAUUAGUCAACUGUACCUAUUGUAUUCGAGUGUAUAGCAACGCAUUAUAAGCUCGAUAAUGAUAUUGGAUUAAUUUAUCAAAUUCUAGAGCCGCUGCCGGGUCAACCACAAAUUUUAUAAGAUUUGAAGGUCAACUUGUUUAUGUUUAGUGUAAAUAUUAUACUUAAUCCUUUACAAUAUAUUGUUAAAGGCAGUGAAUACCUACAGACGCAUAGGUGUUUGAAUGUUCUUAUUCUCUUAAAUACAAUUGCUUGAGUUUACAUUUUCUUGUCUAUGUAUUUGGGAAACUUCCUAUGCACAGUUUAACAGUGAAAUAUGAAAAUAUGUGGAGGUAGUUAAAAAAUUUCGUUCACUUUCUGCAUCUUAAUUUGUAAUCAAACAAUAUUUUACCCAAAGUGUUUUUCACCGAAUGAAUGUGUUUUCAUACAUUGUUGUUUCUUUUUAUUUGUGUGUACAUUUAAAAAUAGUUGUGAGCUAUUACAACAUUUCAAACUCUAAAUAAAACUGUGAUAAAUAGAUUAAUUGAAUUUUGUCAUAAAGCUGAAUACUGGAUAACUGUAUGUUGUUUUACCUAGAUAAAAACCAAAUUCAAAAUUAAAUAAAGUUAAGUGAAUUUUCUCAAAGAAUACAAAACUAUGGAACGCAAUCAUGUCUUACAAAAUAUGAACGAUUCUGCUGGGUUAUGCCUUCAAGAUCUAGUUGGAAGUGAAAAUACAGCAAUGAAUGGCAGUACAGGAAAUACAAAUUCAAGUUCAGGAAGCAAUAGCGGUAACGCUAAUGCCAGCAGUAUAGGAAACCACAAUGUACACACUCUACAAAAUAUACAUAAUUCAGCGUCAGCAAUAAGUGUUUCAGCAGCAAUAUCAGGGCUUAUGCCUAUAAGUGGAGUUAACAUCAGCCAACUUCAACACUCUUCACAAGAACUGGGCCAUCAUCAUCAUCACCAUCCAAUUGUUCAACCUCAUACUCCAACGAGUUUGUUACAUGAGCCCUUAGAAAAACUAAAAAUAUGGGCCGAAACAGGAGAUUUCCGUGAAACAACUCAUAGCUCAAUGGCAGCUGUUGCCCAUAGUUUGGAUACUACUCAAAUAGGAUUUCAAUCAUCACUCUUGCGAACCAGAAGUAGAGAAAGGAAAGAAAGUAACAGAUCAACUAUAGAUGCAGCAAUAAAAUCAGAAAAUACGAGGAUAAUAGGCCAGGAUGAUUCUGUCAAGGAUGAUUCCAAAAAUGAUAAGAAAAAUAAGAGGCAGCGCCGGCAGAGAACUCAUUUUACUUCACAACAACUUCAGGAGUUAGAACAUACAUUUAGCAGAAAUCGUUAUCCAGACAUGUCAACAAGAGAAGAAAUAGCAAUGUGGACAAACUUAACAGAAGCUAGAGUAAGGGUUUGGUUCAAAAACCGACGAGCUAAAUGGCGCAAACGUGAACGCAAUGCAAUGAACGCUGCUGUAGCCGCAGCUGAUUUCAAAAGUGGAUUCGGAACGCAGUUUAUACAGCCUUUUUCAGAUGACUCAUUAUAUUCUUCAUAUUCUCCAUACAAUAACUGGACAAAAGUUCCCUCACCUCUUGGAACGAAACCAUUCCCGUGGCCAGUUAAUCCAUUGGGUUCAGUUGUUUCAACGAGUCACCAUCAAAAUUCAAUAAAUUGUUUUAAUGCAUCUGCUUCGAGUGUGGCUGCUAGUAUGAAUACUAGUUCUAUGAUUCAGAAUGGAAUGGGGUCUUCAUUAACUUCAAACUCAGCGUCGGCUGUCGUAGGUCCUGCAUGUCACUACACGGCGCCUAGUAAUCCUUAUAUGUAUCACCCUAGGGCAACAACAGAGCCGUGCGCAGCUAUGAGCUCCAGCAUUGCAACACUACGGUUAAAAGCCAAACAGCAUGCGUCUGGCUUUUCAAGUCCGUACUCUGUUUCUUCCGCAGUUCCAAGAUCUAACUCUGCUGGUUUAUCAGCCUGCCAAUAUACGGGUAUUACAGAUGUAGUCUGAGAAAACGCCCUCGGAGUAUUUUUAAAUCAACAUCAUUUACAUCACCACUACCACACAAACGUCAACAGCAAUAAUUUAAAUAUUUCACUGUCACAGAUGUCACCGCAAGAUGAUCACAGUGUCAAUAACAUAAACAAAAGUCUCGAUACUGUACCAGAUUAAUAUGUUUUGUUUCAAAAAACAAAUUCCAUGUAAAGUAUAAAAAAAAAAAAACAAAGGAGAAUGGACAAAUAUGAAUGAGGUUUAGAACUCAUUCCGACUAUGAACGAAACCUGUGCACAGUGCACUAAAUAUGGAUUUUGUUUAAUGGGGCACCACCAAAACUAGAAAUAAUCACAGUUUAAAAGGAAGCAGAUAAACAAUUUGGAAAAGAAUGCACUUAUGUAAUCGUUCACACGAUGCAUUUAUUUCGAAACUAUGGGUUUCUUUGCAAUUGUACAGAUUGUCCUCCAUAAAAUUUCUAUUAGACAAAAAUUAUGAAUCAAUACUUCAAAAAGUAAAAUUAAUGCAAUUUAAACAAGCACAAAUUUAAAAACCAUUUCCAUUACUUAAUUUGACUUAAUCUUGUAUGUAGUAUCAUAUAAUUUUAUAUCUGCAUAAAGUAAAUGUGAUUUAUGACUCUGAAUUCUUAAAAUUAAAUAAAAAUAGAAAAUGCCAUUCAGUUUGAAUGCAACUUGAGAGACAAUAAUAUGUCAUUCAAUUAAGGUUAAACAAAGCCUGUAUUGCUGGAUAAUGACGAUAGUCUUUAAUCAAUUGUAACAUUAAUAUGUAAUCUAUGUAGUCAAAAAAAAUUUAAUUUUUAAUAAACACGGUAAUGUUUUUCUUAGAGUAAGUUCUUGAUUGAUUUUGUUUUUAAUUAUAAACAUUGAAUAAAUUCUGAUUUUUAACAUUGUA